AUGUCGAAGACGGAACAUAUCGCAGAGCCACCGACUCUACAAGAGUCGGAACUUGCUAGUAACACCAAGGCAAACAUGGCCGAAACGGAAAAGGAGCACGAGGUAGAAAAGAGAAAGAGCUUGGACAAGACGUUGGUAAAACCAGUCACACAAGCAAACUUGAAGAGCCCACGAUUCUGGGCGAUUCUCAUUGCAUUGGGAUUUACUGGCCUCCUCACUGCACUGGACGCCACCAUCACCUCCACUGCAUUACCAUCUAUCGUGGAAGAUCUGGGUGGUGGUGAUUUGUACAUCUGGGCUAUUGAUGGAUACCUAUUGACACUAACCUCCUUGCAACCCCUCUAUGGACAACUUGCAAAUCUCUUUGGGCGACGAUGGCCGUUGAUUUUCUCCGUUGCUACCUUUGUCCUCGGAAGCGGAAUAUGUGGCGGCGCGAGCAACAUGACCAUGUUAGUCGCCGGUCGCAUCAUCCAAGGUAUCGGGGGAGCAGGGAUCGGUCUGCUUAUCGAAGUUGUCAUUGCCGAUUUGGUUCCUCUCAGGCAACGUGGGAAUUACUUUGCUGUUCUAUUUGGCCUGGUCGCUCUCGGUACAGCUUUGGGACCUUUCUUUGGCGGUCUGAUCGUUACCAACACCACAUGGCGAUGGGUUUUCUGGCUCAAUCUGCCCGUCGGGGGCUUCGCUUUUGUUUUCCUGAUACUGUUUCUCCAGGUCAAAUGGGACAAGAAGAAGACUCUCGCAUCCAAAUUGUCGCGCGUGGAUUGGACAGGCAACUUUGUUUUUAUUGGAGCAGCGACCUCGAUCUUGAUUGCACUUUCGUGGGCUGGGGCUGUCUACCCCUGGUCUUCAUACCGCAUCCUUGUACCUCUAAUUGUCGGAUUCGUUGGCAUGGGAGCAUUCCUGCUUCUCCAGGGUUCGCCAAAAUUUUGUCCAAACCCAACGGUGCCAUUACACCUAUUGUCCAACCGUACGACUGCGACCGUAUACGGACUCACAUUCAUGCACGGACUCAUCACAUUGUGGGUCCUCUAUUUCUUGCCAGUAUACUUCCAGGGAGUUCGCGGUUCGACUGCGCAGCGUUCGGGUGUCCAACUUCUGCCCACGAUCCUGACCCUCAUUCCUUUCGGAGCUCUUGGGGGCGGCCUUUUGACCAAGUUUGGUCGCUACAAACAGAUGCACUUUGUGGCGUUCGCCGCAAUGGUAGUAGGGAUAGGCUUGCUCAUCCUUCUUGACGAGAAGUCCAGCACUGGUGCGUGGGUUGGUUACCAAAUGAUUGUUUCGGCCGGAGCUGGCCUCAUUCUUGCAAGCCUCCUGCCUGCAGUACUUGCACCUCUAGCAGAAGCAGACGUCGCACAAGCAACCGCAGCAUGGUCUUUCAUGCGAUGUUUCGGUAUGACAUGGGGAACUGCCAUUGCUGGUACAGUAUUCAACAACCGUUUUGACGCCUUGGCCAAGACACAUAUCACUUCCAAGGCGUUGAGAGAUCAAGUGACAAAUGGUCAUGCAUACGAACACGCUACAAAGGCAUUCGUAGACGCCUUAUCCCAGAAUGAUCGUCAUCAGUUUGCGUGGACUCUGAAUGAGAGUCUCCGUCGCGGAUGGGAGGUAGGAAUCGCCUUUGCUGCCAUUGGGUUUCUCAUGGUUGCUUUUGAGAAGCAGGUACCACUCCGCAACGACCUCGAGACCGAAUAUGGUAUGGAGAAUCCAGAGACCAAACAGACUGAGGAGGAUCACAAUGACCACGACAGCGCUUGAUUUUCACUUAGAGGAGGAUUCGAGUUGUGACCACCCGAGACAUUCUUUGUGAUAUCUCCUUCAUAAAGGGACUGAAAUUGACAAUGUUUGCGUCAUCGGACAGCUUUAGUUUCAUACAUGUACUUAGCCAG